AUGGCUGAGUUUGGAGCUCACUUGACUUCGGCCACUGCGGACGAAGACAAGCCCACAAUAUUUGAAGUCAUAGCUGAACGCAAUCCAUCACGGUACAGCUGGCUGUACCAGUACAGUGAUGAAGUCUAUACAAUAAUAGAUCUACUUUUACAGCAGCAUUUCUUAUCCACAACUUGUGCUUCUUUUUCUGAAAACUUUUAUGGUUUGAAAAGGGUGCCAAUUAUUCCUGGAAAACAGAAAGUUGGUUUACCUCGUAGUGAACAUUUGAAUUCAAUUAUGUUAUUGGUGAUUGUUCCGUACCUUAAAAUCAAGUGUGAUGCUUUGUUUGAGAGAUGGAAGCAUGAAUGGCUGGACGGUAUUGGAGUAUCACAGUCACAGCGUGAUUCAUUGAAGAAAUUUAGUGUUAAACUGCAGCAUCUUACAAAAGAAGAUAUUCUACAACAAAUGCAACCAUUAGGAAGUCCAUUUACUGAACACAACAGUUUUUCUACUAAACUCAAAACUUUUAGUAAGUGGACUCUGGGGGUCAUAGCUGUUGGAGUUUCCAGUGGUCUUUCUGUAGCAGUGUUUUUCCUACAGUUUUUGGAAUGGUGGUACACAAAUGAAAGUCACAGAAAUAGCAUGGCACUGACUGCCUUACCUGUACCAAGCCCACCACAUAAUAAAACUCAACUAGAUUCUCUUCCACCAGACACUUUAGUGUGUCCUUUAUGUCACAGAAGACGGACUAAUGACACAACAUUGUCAACGUCUGGGUAUGUGUUUUGUUACCCUUGUAUAUAUACCUAUGUACAGUCUCAUAAGUGCUGUCCUAUUACAAGAUAUCCAUCCAAGACGAACCACCUUAUAAAACUUUACCUUCCCACAUCAUAACACUACAUGCAUACUUGACCAGCUUUUGUUUUAAUAAAUUCAUUUAUUCUCAGUAACAACUAUCAAGGAUUUAUUGAAUCAGAAUAAUUUCCCAAUUCAUUUUUGCUCUAGCAAUAAAGCGAAGGACUUGUUUUAGCCCCACAAAUCAGUGCAGAUGCUUAUCCAAAUUCUAUGGUUACAUAGUUCAGUGAACCCGCUGAUGGUUGAGAAUGGCACACUAUUUAGGGGUAUAAUUAAGUCUUGUGGCUCUCGCUCCCAACAAGAUCCUGUAGCCAUUUGCAGAUAUGGUUAAAUGGCAGCUGACAAAAUAGAAUCUAAUUUGCAGAAAUACUCAAGCUGGAAUCGGCUCAUGGCAAAAAUGUUUUAAUCGAAAAUCUGCAUCAAGCAAUACAUACACACUGGAAUUUAUAUCAACACAACCCCUCAAUAUAUUACUAUGUGAAAGCUGUGUUGGUUUACUUGAUAUAAAUAUAUAUAAAAUUUAUUUCUUAAUAUUUCAAGUUCCAAUCUUUAUG